CCGCAGGGCACUGGGUCAGACAUUGUAUGGUCUGGCUGGACAGUGGGCAUCGGGUCACCAGUCAUCAGGUCAUUUGGCUCGACAGCGGGCACCGCGUCAUCUGGCAAGGCAGUGGGCCUCAAGUCAACUGGUAUGACCGCGGGCACUGGGUCAGACAUUGGAUCGUCUGACUGGACAGCGGGCACUGGGUCACCAGGCAUCAGGUCAUUUGGCUCGACAGCGGGCACCGCGUCAUCCGGCAAGGCAGUGGGCUCCGAGUCAACUGGUAUGACCGCGGGCACUGGGUCAGACAUUGGAUCGUCUGACUGGACAGCGGGCACUGGGUCACCAGGCAUCAGGUCAUUUGGCUCGACAGCGGGCACCGCGUCAUCUGGCAAGGCAGUGGGCACGGGUCACCAGGCAUUGGAUCGUCUGGCUCGACAGCGGGCAUCGGGUCACCAGGCAUCAGGUCAUUUGGCUUGCCAGCGGGCACCGCGUCAUCUGGCAAGGCAGUGGGCACCGGGUCACCAGGUAUGACAGCGGGCUCUGAGUCAAUUGGCACGACAGCGGGCACUGGAUCAGGUACCGGAUCAUCUGGAUCAAACAGCGGGCAUCGAGUCAACUGGCCUAAUAGGAUCGUCGGGCUGGAUCAGUUCAUCAGGCUGAAUGCAGGCAUCAGGCUGAAUGCAGGCUUCAGGCUGAGGAGAGGCAU